AUGGCGAACAUGAGCUCAGCCGAGAAGGACUUCUACGUCCAGGACACAUCGAUAUCCUCUCCUAGCUCAACAGAUAAAGUUAUCUACGAUCGUGACGCUGAGCGUAAGCUUGUACGAAAACUUGACUUCAGAAUCCUACCGGUACUAUGGCUCCUGUAUCUCGUAAACUUCAUCGAUCGAGCAAAUAUUGGAAAUGCGAAGAUCCAGGGCAUGGAAAAGGAGCUAAAACUCGUCGGCCAGCGCUUCAAUAUCGCCGUAUGGGUGUUUAAUCUCGGUUACCUUGUCGCUGGAAUCCCACUGCAAAUUGUUUUCAAGAAGUAUGGGCCGAAGACUCUUUGCGUUAUGAUGUUCUUUUGGGGCAUCACAGUCAUUGGCUGUGGCCUCGUCAAGCGAUGGGAAGAGCUAGUCGUGUGUCGUCUCCUUGAAGGCAUUGCUGAGUCGGCCUACAUUUCGGGAUGCGCCUACUUGAUCGGCGCCUACUAUUCCAAGACCGAGUAUCUCACACGCUAUGUCUUCUUCUGUACAGCCGGCAUUGUUGCCGGUGCCAUCAACGGGUUCGUCUCGUCCUUGAUCGCGAAAAUGAAUGGCACUGCUGGCUACAGUGCGUGGAGGUGGAUUUUCAUCAUCGAGGGCUGCUUGACCAUCGCGGUCAGCUUCGUCUGCUUGCCAUUUGUACCACCUUUCCCACAGGACUGUAACUUCUUGUCCCCCGAGUACAAAGCUCUCCUGCUCGCACGGAUCAAGGCCGACGGAGGUCAUGUGGACAACGAUGAGAUUACCUUGAAGAAGGCUCUCGAAUACCUGAAAGAUUGGAAGAUCUGGACUGGUGUUGUGAUGAACCUCGGUGUCACCGAAAAUGCGAACUCGCUCGCAAACUUUCAACCGACUAUUCUCAAAGGCCUCGGCUACACGGCGACACAAGCGCAAGUCCACACCAUUCCUGUGUACCUCGUUGGUGCCGUCUUCUCCGUCAUAUUCGCAUAUAUGAGCGAGUUCCUGAAGCGCCGCUACUACUUCUACAUCUUCGGCUGGUCGGUGCUCGCAGCAGGACUCGUAGUGGAGAUUAUACACCCAUUGAAUCCCAAGGUUCGAUACAUGGGCAUGUUCUUCAUUGCUAGCGGCUGCUAUCUCGCGAUGCCCAUAUCCAUUAUCUGGGUGUCCAUGAACUGUGGGAGCGGGUACAAGCGCGCUGUGGCAAUCGCAGCAAUCAUCAACUUUGGCACAGCCGGAGCUUUUGUCAGCUCAAACGUUUUUCUCUUCAAAGAGGCUCCCGUGUUUCGCACUGGCUUCAGCACAGGCCUGGGUCUAGCCUGCAUGGGAGCUGUCGCCGCAACCAUUACCUGGAUCGGCUGCAUGAGGGAGAACAAGAAGCGCGACCAGGAGAGGCUAAAGUUGCCAGAGGUCCUGGAUGAGAGUAUGGAUCAGUUGGGCGAUGAGCAUCCAGACUUUCGGUUUGCGUUGUAG